GCCCAGCUAUGCCUAAUGCACCCACGUCUCAUCCACAGCUUAGUCCUUCUGGAUCCCGUAAUACAGCGUGAAUCCACCCAGCUCGACGGGCUCGAAAUGGCCAUGCGACAUAGACAACGGAUCGCCAAAACAACCCAAUUAUCCACCUACCGACGGGACACAUGGCCAUCCCGUAAAACCGCUGCGGAGGCCUUCAAGAAAAACCCGUUCUACCUAGCCUGGGAUUCCCGCGUCCUCGACCGCUGGAUCGAGCACGGUCUCCGCGAGCUCCCCACGGCCAUUCACCCUCUGGACGAAUCCCAGCAAAAGGAGGGAAGCAACGACCGCCCCGUCACUCUGAGAACAACCCUUCACCAAGAAGUCUUCACCUUCUCUCGUCCCAACUACGAUGGUCCCCCGGGAAAAAAGGUUCCCGUGAACAAAGUGACUCACCCGGAUCUAAAUCCCGAACAUCUAGGUUCAUGGCCCUUUUACCGGCCAGAACCGUCGCGAGUGUUCGCUAUGCUCCCGCACCUCCGUCCUAGCGUCUGCUACGUUUUCGGAGGGAAAUCGGAUAUGUGCUUGCCUGAUAUGAUGGCGGAUAAGAUGGCUGCUACAGGAACGGGGCUGGGAGGUAGUGGUGGGGCCCCUGCUGGUCGGGUGCGCGAUGUUUAUCUUGCCGAAUAUGGCCACCUGCUUGCUCAGGAGGCUCCCAAAGAGUGUGCUGAGGCAGCGGGUAAAUGGCUCGGUGCUGAAUUAGAGCGAUGGAGAACUGAGGAGCGAGAGUUCCAGGAACAGUGGAGUCGGAAGUCAAAGGUCGAGAAAGUCACAAUUGAUUCUCGGUGGAAGGACCAUGUUCCGCGUCCAGAGCGGCCGAAGAAGCCUGCUCAGUCGAAGCUGUGA